AGUGUCACCCAUUCAAGACAGUUGCCGCAGUUGCUGCAAUAACAUGAGCAGAACUUCCUUAUAAUUCACUGACCGCGUCUACACGUCCUCGUGCUCUUUUCCAGAAUCUUGUCGGCGGGAAACUUUAGGAACGUUUCAGAAUAAAAGAUGGGAUACAUGAUGGUAGAGGAGCACAGCUCCACUCUGCUCCACCUGAAGAGGUCCCCAGGUCUCCGGUCCUGGUCCCUCCUGGUCGGUAUAGUGUCAGUUGGGUUGGCAGCUGCGUACUACAGCUCAGACAGCGUCCUGUGGAAACUCUUCUACGUCACCGGCUGUCUGUUUGUGGCCAUGCAGAACAUGGAGGAAUGGGAAGACGCCAUCUUCGACAAGACCAGGAACCUGAUAGAGCUCAAGACCAUGAGUCUGUACGCUUCAGUCCUGACGCUGUGGAGGAGGGGCCAGGAGAAAAUCGUGCUGGACUUGACUCAGCUGUGUGACGUCUGCGUCCAGGAGGAGAGGGUCCGGUACCUGGGGAAGGGUUACUUGCUGAUGCUGCGUCUGGCCGCAGGCUUCUCAUACCCCCUCACUCAGAGCGCCACGCUGGGAGGACGCAGUGAUGUGGAGGCUGUGGCCGCUCUGCUGAAGCGUUUCUUGGGGCUGGAGGAGCAGCAGCAGCUCAGGCAGCAGGAGGAAGACUAUGGAGGGGAGGAAGACUCUCUGGACAACAGCAGCGAUGAAGCUGAUGAAGCUGAUGAAGCUGAUGAAGCUGAUGAAGCUGAUGAACUCUGAGACCUGUAACUGUAGCUGUGAGUGGAUUGAGUUGGGGUAUUAUGACUGAGGCUUUAGAGGGCGUGGCUUCAGUGAUGACUUCAUUACAUGUUAUACGGAAAGCAUGUGCAUGUGACACUGAGGGUGUAGGCUUUUUAAAUGGCUCCUUACACACUUUCUUCUGUUGUUUAUAUCUGAGUUCAGGUUAUAACAAUGAAACAUUUUGAACAAGGAUGAAACAUCCUCCUCUUGAUGUUAAAGACGACAUGGAGACGGAGACUGAAGCUCAUCAGGUCUAAUGACUGUGUGAGGAUCCAGAUCCACAUUAACUGUAUUAACUGUGCCUUCUACUCAACUAAUGACUGUUUAUGUGGAAGCUGUUCCCACGGUUCUCUGGACCCCCCCCCACUAGCUGACGCUCGUCUAUUCUAGACUGUAAACUGUUUCAGACAUGAAGGGUGUGAUGAGACGAACUCUUCAGCUGCUCUGUCUCUCAACAUGUUAAAUAUGAACCAAAGACUGAGUCUCAGGAAACACUUUGGUCCAAGGUUUUAUCUGUUUAUGUAAGUGUUUGUUCGUGUGAACUGAAUCAGGGCUGAUGACAAAUGUUUUUGCUUACUGUUGAU